AAAAAAUGAACUUCUCGUGGUUGUGCCUGGUUAUCUUUGCCCUGUUCGCUGGUGUUGUUUCCGCUGGCAAAUGCCCCAAAGAUUUUAAGAGUGAGAACGGCCAAUGCAUUAGCCAGCGCACUAUUCGCGGCGAGUGCCCCACGGGCUCCACCUAUAAGAUUGGCGUCAACGCCUGCGUUUAUGGUGCAUAGUUUGGAGCUGAACUAAAUUGAAUAAAAUGUAAUUGAAAUCCA